AUGGCGCUGAAAGAAGAGAGUCAUGAACAGAAUGAAACACAAGAGAAAGAUCAAAACGAUAACAGCUCACAGACUGAAAAGACUUCCUCACCAAAAAAAGUUAAAAAAACACAAAGCCUUAAUUCCCAAAUGAGAAUUCAUACUGGAGAGAGACCUUACACCUGCCAACAGUUUGGAGAAGUUUUCAAUCAAAAAGGAUGCCUUAAAGUCCACAUGGAAAUUCACAUUGAAAAGAACCCGUUAAUAUGCCCUCAGUGUGGAAAAUGUUUUACACUAAAAAAAAACCUUAAGACUCACAUGAAAAUUCAUACUGGAGAGAGACCUUACACCUGCUCUCAGUGUGGAAAGAGUUUUACACGGAAAAGUUAUCUUAAUGCCCACAUGCGUAUUCACACUGGAGAGAAACCUUACACCUGCCAACUGUGUGGGAAGAGUUUCUCACGAAAUGGAAAUCUUAAGACUCACAUAAGAAGUCACACUGGAGAGAAUCCAUUUUCAUGUGAUCAGUGUGGAGAGAGUUUCAGAUAUAAAGAAAACCUUAAUAAUCACAUGAAGAUUCACUCAAGAGAGAAGAGUUUUAAAUGUCAUCAGUGUGAAAGGAGUUUCACAGAGAGGGAACAUCUUAAGAAUCAUGUUAAAAUUCACAUCGGAGAAAAGCCUUUCAUGUGCCAUUACUGUGGAAAGAGUUGCUCAAAAGAAAGAAGCCUCAAGAUUCACUUGAGAAUUCACACUGAAGAGAAACAUUUCACCUGUGAACCGUGUGGAAAGAGUUUCAGGACUAAAGGAAACCUUAAGAGUCACAAGGUAGUUCACACUGGCGAAAAGCCUUACAAGUGUCUUCAGUGUGAGAAGAGUUUCAGGACUAAAGGAACCCUAAAGACUCACAUAAGUAUUCACACUGGAGAGAAGGCUUACAAGUGUCUUCAGUGUGAGAAGAGUUUCACAUAUCAAAGCAACAUGAAACGUCAUUUGAAAACUCAUUCUGGGAAGAAAUCGCCAUUUUCCUCAGAGUGA